ACAAGUGAGCAUUUAUUUUCUGAAACCACAAUCGUAAAAGAUUGCAGUUUUUGAAGCAAGAAACUUGUUGUCUCACUUUGUUCAAGUCAGUGAAGUCACUACUGCAUGAUUUAAAUACUAAAAACAAAGCGCAGGCUUUCAGAAACACGACAGAGCAAGAUGGCAGAUGAAGGCCGUAUACAGAAGAUGGAGGUUGACUACACUACAGCGGUAGAUGAGAAGAUACCGGAGUGUGAAAAACUUGCACAGGAUGGGAAACUGACAGAUGCCCUUGAGAUUCUGAUGUCCUUGGAGAAGCAAACUAGAACUGCCUCUGACAUGCAUUCUACCAGCAAGGUUCUCAUAGCCCUUGUGAAGGUUUGCUUUGGACAAAAAGCUUGGACAGCUCUUAACGAACACAUUGUCACACUAAGCAAGCGAAAGGGACAACCUAAACAGGCGAUUACAAAGAUGGUACAGGAAGCGUGUACAUAUGUUGAUCAGGUGGAAGAUAUGGAGACGAAACUGAAGCUUAUAGAUACAUUAAUUACUGUCACAAAAGGAAAGAUCUAUGUAGAGAUUGAGCGCGCACGCCUCACUCACAAGCUGGCCAUGAUUAAGGAGAAGGAGGGAAACAUUGCCGACGCCGCAACCAUCCUGCAGGAGCUACAGGUGGAAACCUUUGGCUCGAUGGACAAGAAAGAGAAGGUGGAAUUCAUCAUGGAGCAAAUGCGUCUCGGAUUGGCCCGCAAGGACUACAUUCGCACAUCUAUUAUCAGCAAGAAAGUGUCCACCAAGUUUUUCGACGACGCGACUGAAGAUGUGCAGCAACUGAAGUUGCGUUACUACAAGCUGAUGAUAGAGUUGGACUUACAUGAUUGCUCCUACCUGUCUGUCGCCAAGUACUAUAAGGCUGUCUACGACACUCCGUGUAUUCAAGCCGAUGACACGAACCGUAACAAGGCACUGAAAUGCGUGAUUCUUUAUCUGGUGCUGGCGCCGUAUGACAACGAACAAUCGGACAUGAUCCACAGAAUCAAGGAGGAGAAGAAUCUGGAGAAAGUGCCUAGUUAUAGAGACCUGCUCACUUGCUUCACAACACCGGAGGUGAUGCGCUGGAGCCAGCUGUGUGAGAUAUACGAGACCCCGCUGAAGUCGGGCACUGCGGACGACCCACCCACCGAUGUGUUUCAGGUUGACGACGAGGAGGGCACCAAGAGAUGGAGCGAUCUAAAGACCCGUGUAGUCGAGCAUAACAUCCGGACAAUGUCAAAGUACUACACGAAGAUCAGACUGUCGAGAAUGGCACAGCUGUUGGAUCUGUCUGGACAGGAGACCGAGGAAUUUCUCUCGAAUCUCGUCACAAUCGGAACGGUCUACGCGAAGAUGGAUCGUCUAGCGGGCGUCAUCAACUUCGUGAAGGCCAAGGAUGCGGACAGCAUCCUCAACGACUGGUCGUUCAAGCUCAACACCCUCAUGCAGACCGUCAACAACACGUGUCAUCUCAUCAACAAGGAAGAGAUGGUGCAUAAGCUUUCCGCGUGAGAGCCACGUGCGUGGUAACGAUGCUUUGGCGUCGAGGCUGGGGCACACGCACAAAGAGGGGAGCGAUGGUGGACAGGGGGAUGCUGGUGGGGUGGCAGGAAGACCCCUGAGGAAGCUGAGAGUGAGAGACCGCGAGUAUUUAUGGCUGUAUCGGGACACGGGCAUGCAGUGCUGCUAGGAUCAGUGUCGUACGCACGCUGCGUAGUUGUGCGUGAUCGGAAAGCGUGCGCUUAGUGUUGCAAACAAGUGCGUUAGAAACGCUUGUGGUUCAAUGAAGAGUGUUGGAAACACUUGGUGCAUUCGAGCAAUGCAGUAAAGUGAUGCACAUCUCCUGUUCGAUGCGCUGUCGAUAGGUCUUGAAUUUUUUUGCCAUGCUGUAUAUUACUCUUUAAAAUAAAGUGUAUGAUGUGACGAA